UCGCGCGCUCGCGACGACAGAGACGUAUACGGCAUAUGGAGCUACGAAGAAGAUGUUCGAGGCUUGCAGCUACAGGCGACUAUAAGAUUCCUCAGGCGUCGCAGGCCGGCGAUUGUACCGAAGACGGCCAAUGGUGAGGAUCUAGGUGUAGGCGAGGGGGCGUGGUAUAAAGAACUUGGCCUCCUCCCGACCUUCUCCACCUGGUCCCAGAUCACCUUCCUACACAUGUACCUCCUAACCGUCCGCCUCCGAACCCUCCCCUCACCCGAGAGCUUCCGCACUUAUUCCCAACACCUCCUUGACAACUUCUCCCACAACGCUGAACAUCGCAUGACUAUCUACCACGGCAUGACCAUGCGCGGUAUUCGCAACCGCUACCUCAAAGACCUGUUCAUCCAAUGGCGCGGCGUGUUGGCUGCAUACGACCAAGGCCUAGUGUCCGGAGAUGCAGUACUCGGGGCUGCUGUGUGGAGAAACAUUUGGAAAGCGUCACAUGUGGAACCGAAGGCGGCUGAUGAUGGGAAUGCUCCGGGGGAGAUGGAUUGGAGGAAAGUGGCAGUUGUGGUUGGUUAUAUGAGGCGGGUGUUGGCGGAAAUGGGUCGGGCGCCGGAUGAGGGGUUGGUGGAUUUGGUUAUUGGGAAGAAGGCUUUUGGACUAAAUCGGCAGGACUGGGGAUUGGUUGGGACUGUGAGUCGGGGGAUGAAUGAGCCGUUUGGCUGACUGACUGAAGGAGAGAAAAAGGAAUCAUGAAGGGGGGUUGAUGGUGUGUAAUGUGAUAAAUCUUGUUAUUUCCUUUGAGAUGGGAUCCUAAGGAUUAUUAUAUUUUGGGUUUGACCACUACUAUACAAUUCAGUAUAUAUCAUCUCUACAUAAUUUACAUGGUAUGAAUGUUCGAAGCAUCUUCUUAGAGGCAUUGUAGUAAUGGGGAUAAUGGCACAAAUUGGUAAAACAUGUAAUCAGCUGUGGGCUCAUUUUUGUAUCUGUAUCCUGUGCCAGAGGGUACACUAAUUCCCCUUAUCCCCAAACAGAUCCUUCUUCAACAAACCUCUGCAGAUGGGAUGGUAGAAAUUUUUGUUCUUCUCAAAUAUUUCAAGAGCGAUGUUGCGAUCAAAUUUCUCUAGUGCGCGGUAUCUUUGUGUGUUCGGAACCAAGUCAGCCUCGUGAUAAACCAGACGAUAGAGGUAGUGGUAGCUUUAAACAGUCCCUUACAAUGGGCGGACCAUUUUCAUUCGUCCG